GGUCUUUGACAAGGACGAGCGGUACAUGGGGGGUGGCCGAGAGGCAGAUAUUGCUUGGGACGGGCUGGUUGCCGGACACGACGCUGUGUGGAUCGAGAAUCCAAAGCAAUGGGGCCUCGGCGAGGGCAUCGUCGCGCCGUAUGACCAUCCAAACACCCCCGUGCCCAAGCCGCAGGAUUUCUACGUCAUCUCGAUCCUGCACCAAUUGCACUGCUUGAACAUGAUUCGCUUCCAAUACUACCAAGAGAAGGAUCACCGCAGCCACAAGGUCACCGAGGACCAAGAAACAUCCUUCAAGUGGAAGGUCCACGUGGAGCACUGUUUCGAGUACCUUCGGCAGGGCAUCUCGUGCGGGGGCGACCUCAUCAUCGAGGGCAACAGCCCGAUCAAAGUUGGGCAGGGCCACGCCACGUCGGUGACGGGCUGGGGCGUUGAGCAUGACUGUAUCGAUUUUGACUUGCUCCGGCGGUUCCAGAUUGAGCAGGAGGCCAAGUACAAUCUGACUUGGCAGAAUCCGUAGGCUGGAUCGUGAUUGCUUGACCUUGUAGAAGGCAACGCAUCCAGAGUAGAAGGGUGGGCGACAUAGUCGUUAGUGGUAGAUAGACUUCAAAAUGACGACGUGUAUCAUGCCUUCGUGUUUCCCUCAUCCUGCCCGUCAUGGAGUGCUGCGGAACUGUGUGGUCCCUGAGGCACCACAACGUACACAACGCACAUAAAUCGGGACCUGAAACUGACAAUCGGCCUCGCUCAAUUUCCAUCCACAUGACCUGACGAUGGCGCUUUCUAGCAGGAGUCCCUGCCGCUCCCAAGUUCUGUAACAAAGUCACCAAUUCUUCGUGGUCUUCACACCACCGCACCAGCACCCUCCUGCGCCACCACCUCCUCCUCACCAGGCAGCCCCAGCGCCCUGACCUCAUCCUCGCU